AUGCGAUUAAACAAAUUAGUAUUGAUUGAUCGUUUUAAAGCUUCUGAUAUAGGUGCAUCUCUAUAUAAAAUUCGUGAUGAUAGUGUUAAACUAAGACAUUUCCUUGGUGCAGACAACGAGAAUGAAAUAGAAGCCAUACUCUCAGAUCGUGAAGGUCAUUUCUUACAUGAAUAUAUUAAUGAUGAUGAGCCACUCUGGCCUAUUAUAGAUUUUGAUUUGCCAAUAGAAAUAUUAGAUGCUAUUACCCCCAAGCUUUCAGACAAACAG